AAAUAGUAUAUUAUUUCUGCAUUGACGCUAUGGAUUUUUAGGAUGUGUAUCAGUACAGUGAUUAAAAACUUUGAUAUACUACUUUCUUUCAUACUUUCAGCGAAGACUAAUGACAUAGUUGCAACAUGGUCAACAUUCAACGACACAGAAUCAAUAGUUCGGUAUGGCGUUUCCAGUCCAGAUCAAGAGACAUCAGGUUCCAGCGAAGUGUUUGUGGAUGGAGGCAAUAUGAAGAGGCGCCAGUGGAUCCACCGAGCCACCAUGAAGGAUCUCAAAUUUGAUACACAUUAUGUGUAUCAGGUGGGGUCAGAGGAUGGCUGGUCGGAGCAGUUCACGUUCAAGACGCCGCCCGCGGGCGAGGACUGGCCGGUGCGCAUCGCCAUCUACGGUGACAUGGGGCUCAACGGCUCCAAGUCCCUGCCGUUCCUGCGCCGGGAGGUGGCGGAGGGCCGCUACGACCUGAUCCUGCACGUGGGCGACUUCGCGUACGACAUGCAGGAGCGCGAGGGCCGCGUGGGGGACGCCUUCAUGCGCCUGCUGCAGCCGCUGGCCGCGCGCGUGCCCUACAUGACCUGCCCCGGCAACCACGAGAGCGCAUACAACUUCAGCCACUACUCAUCUCGGUUCACGAUGCCCGGGCCGAACUCCAACCUGUACUAUAGCUUCGACGUGGGCCCCAUACACUUCGUGUCCAUAUCCACGGAGGUCUACUACUUCACGGAGUACGGCAUCAAGCUGAUGGUGGAGCAGUACGAGUGGCUGAAGAGGGAUCUAACCAUCGCCAACAUGGAUGUGAAUAGACGCGUCCGUCCGUGGGUGAUCGUGUUCGGCCACCGGCCAAUGUACUGCAGCAACUCCGACGACGUCGACUGCAGCGUCGAGUACACGCGCACCGGCUUCCUCGGACUGUUCGCGCUGGAGCCGCUGCUGCUGCAGUACGGCGUGGACGUGGCGCUGUGGGCGCACGAGCACUCGUACGAGCGCACGUGGCCGCUGUACGACGCGCGCGUCUACAACGGGACAGAGGAGCCCUACCGGGACCCGCGCGCGCCCGUGCACCUGGUCACCGGCUCCGCGGGGUGCCGCGAGGGGCGCGACCACUUCCGCCGUAACCCACGCGAAUGGUCCGCCUUCCAUUCUCAAGACUAUGGCUACACAAAACUAAAAGCGUUCAACAAAACUCAUAUCAAUGUGGAACAGGUUUCUGUGGACCUCGAUGGUGAAGUCAUUGACAAGUUUUGGCUGGUGAAAACCAAGAAACUGUCAUUCAACAAAUCAUAAAUUGUAUAUUAAAGUAUACUUACAAACAAUUGUAUUAUACUAAUAGUCAUUAAAAAUCAUAGACAAUUAUUUAUGUCUUUUUACCUUUUAAGCUUAGUGUGUCCUUCUAGUCUCUUAAGACAUAUGAUUUCAAGCAGAACAAGUUCGAGCAUGGCUUACAAUUUAAGAAACCUCUUUAUACAAUUUGUGAGGUAAUAUUUGCUAUCUGCCUUAUUAUGUAAUAAAAUAUCUAGACUUUUCUUUGUCUCUGCAUUUUCAUGUUUCUGUAUAAAACUUCAAAAUUGUUAGUGAUUUUCUUAGAUCUCUUAUUAGGUUUUGUAACUUUACUAUUAUUUAUGGGUGCAAUAGUUUUCUUUUGGGAUUUUGGUUUAUUAUGGUUAUUAUGGCCAACUUUGUGCUUAUUCUUGAUAGGAUGAAUUGGGGGUGGUGUCCUAGCUAAAAGAUCUAUAACAUAAAAGUCUUUGGUGUUUUCAUCAUAAAUUUGAGCAGCUAACAGGAAGUGUGAUAUUAUUGUGUUAGCUAAUCUUGGAUACACUGACAUGGUGCAGUUCCUAUUAUGUUCAAAAGGAUCCUGUAUACACAUUUUUGUGUCUAUCCUGAGGGCUUCAUAUUCUUUACUGCCUAUAUUAAUUUUGUACAUAUCAAAUACACUAGGUACAUCAUCUAAAUUUUUGAAAAGAUUUCGUGGUAUCAAGUUUCCAGUAAACGGUGAGAUUAUGUUCUCUUCAAAAUUUAUAGCGCUAUAAAAUUUAAAGAAACCUCCUAAAAGUUCAUACACACUCUGACAGUUAUCUGACAUAAAACUGAAAUCUUCUCUGAAUGCUGUAUUCCAACCAUCUAUGGCAUACAUUUCAUUAUCUUUUUGGAGUUUACAAACAGAAGGUAAAAUAUUUAUUUGUUGCAAAUAAAAAAUCACUAGUAUUGUUAGUCCAUAGCUGGUCAUCAUGUUAGUUCCGGUGAGGUUGUGUACUUUAGACCAGUAUUUGAUGAUAACUGCCAGUGUCACUGCUCUUUUGUCCAUAUGCAACAAGUAUGCCAUUAAACUACUAUUUCUCACUCCAGCUUUGCUUUUGAAGUUGAUAUCACAGUGCCUUUGUGUAGGUAUGUGGAAAAAUUUCAGUAUAGGAACUUUAGCAGAUGUUAUAGCAAAAAGGUUUUGAAAUAACCAAGGUUGUCUUCUGAGGAGAUUUCUAGCUAUUAUCACAUGAUUAUUCCUAUUAUUCUUAUUAUAAUUAUCUCCAGGAAUUUCAAUGAAACAAUCAACAUCACUUGUUUUAAUACCUAAACCAGUUAUUAUGGAGCCAAAUGGAAGUACUUUACACCCUGAAAAAAACAAUUUGUUCAGUUUUAAGAUAAACACUGAUGUUAUUGUAUAAUGUAUAAAUACAUUAUGUUAUAAUGUUUUAGUUGUUCAACAAUGAACUUGAUAAAAAAUAUUUCAGACUGGCAGAUUGCUAUCUCAGCAAAUUUCACAUAUACAAAGUGUUACAAAACCCACUCUUUUUGGUAUACCUUCCCAGUUUUUAGAGAAAUAAUUUAUAGUUACCUGGCCAUGAAGUUUGAAGCGCCCCUUCCAAGUGGACAUACAAUAAAUUUAAAUUGUCUACUUCUUGUCUAGUUAGCCUCACGUUUUGCAUGAUAUUUCUGAUUUGUUCAUCAAAACUUCCAUUCAAAUCCAAGUAAUCAGGUAACAAUUCUAGAAAUCAAACAAACUGGGCUUAAAAUUGAUUUUUUUUUAAUAAAUACAAAACAUAUGUCAAAGUUAGAGGUUACCU